CAGUCCGCUCGGGUAAUUGGCCGGGGCUGACAAUACAGCAGACUCACUUGCUGGGAAGUCUCCAGAGUACAUUUCUUUUCUGACCUCUUUUUCCGCGCAUUUACGCAUUUUUGAUGCUCCUCUGAACACAUCUGAGAGAAAGCUUGAACUACCCUCAUAAAAAAAAUCCACUUGACUUGGCUUUAAGGGAGAGAGAGCGGUCACAAUGCCGGGCUCGGUGUCGCUCUCGGACCGACAGCCUCUGUCAGGUCACGGGAAAGACGCGGCGGCAUCCUCCGCUGCGCCUGCCGGAGAGACAGCUCCGAUGUCCGGCUCAGCCUCUGCGCUUCUCCCGGCUGGGAUGAGCAGUGCUGCGUUUCCCAUCCGGAACAUGAAGAUGAAAUUUGCUGUUCUCAGUGGACUUAUCCAGGCUGGAGAGGUUAGCAACCGGGAUAUUGUGGAAACGGUGCUGAAUCUGUUGGUGGGUGGCGAGUUUGAUCUGGAGACAAACUUCAUCAUCCAGGAUGCGGAUAGCAUCAGCUGCAUGACGGAGCUGUUGCAGUACUGCAACGUCAACUGCCAGGCGGAAAUCUGGAGUAUGUUCAUCGCCAUGCUUCGAAAAAGUGUUCGAAACCUGCAAACAAGCACAGAAGUGGGUCUUAUCAAACAGGUGCUGCUCAAAAUGAAUUCAGUGGAAGACAUGAUUGCAGACUUGCUGGUGGAAAUGUUAGGUGUGCUGGCCAGCUACAGCAUCACAGUCAAAGAAUUAAAAUUGCUCUUCAGCAUGCUGCGAGGAGAGGGAGGCUUCUGGCCCAGGCAUGCUGUUAAAAUGCUGUCCGUGUUGAAUCAAAUGCCCCAGAGACAUGGUCCAGACACCUUCUUCAACUUUCCCGGUCGCAGUGCAGCCGCCAUUGCUUUACCUCCUAUUGCAAAGUGGCCUUAUCAGAAUGGGUUUACAUUUAACACCUGGUUCAGAAUGGAUCCACUGAAUAAUAUCCAUGUUGACAAAGACAAGCCAUAUCUGUACUGCUUUCGUACCAGUAAGGGCAUUGGCUACUCUGCACAUUUUGUUGGGAACUGUUUGAUUGUGACAUCACUGAAGUCUAAAGGAAAAGGUUUCCAGCACUGUGUGAAAUAUGACUUUCAGCCCAGGAAGUGGUACAUGAUCAGCAUCGUUCACAUCUACAGCCGCUGGAGAAACAGUGAAAUCAGAUGCUAUGUAAACGGACAGCUGGUUUCUUACGGAGACAUGGCAUGGCAUGUUAACACAAAUGAUAGUUAUGAUAAGUGCUUCCUUGGGUCUUCGGAGACGGCGGAUGCUAACAGAGUUUUCUGUGGGCAGUUAGGAGCAGUCUACGUGUUCAGCGAAGCCCUCAAUCCUGCACAGAUAUUUGCAAUUCAUCAGCUCGGACCAAGCUAUAAGAGUACUUUUAAGUUCAAAUCCGAGAGUGAUAUUCAUCUAGCUGAGCAUCACAAGCAGGUGUUGUAUGACGGCAAACUGGCAGGCUACAUCGCCUUCACCUAUAACGCCAAGGCCACAGAUGCCCAGCUUUGCCUGGAGUCCUCCCCUCGAGAAAAUGCCUCCAUCUUUGUGCACUCUCCACACGCCCUUAUGCUGCAGGAUGUGAAAGCCAUCGUGACUCACUCCAUCCACAGUGCUAUCCACUCCAUUGGUGGCAUCCAGGUGCUUUUUCCACUUUUUGCUCAGCUGGACUAUCAGCAGCAGAGGGAUGGCCAGGUGGAAACUACUGUCUGUGCCACUCUCCUUGCUUUUCUGGUAGAGCUGCUUAAAAGCUCUGUGGUUAUGCAGGAGCAGAUGCUGGGUGGAAAAGGCUUCUUGGUAAUAGGGUACCUGCUAGAGAAGUCCUCACGCGUGCACAUCACUCGGCCCGUGCUGGAGCAGUUCCUGUCCUUUGCAAAGUAUCUUGAUAGUUUGACCCUGGGAGCCCCAAUGCUGAAGCAGCUGUGUGACCACAUCCUGUUCAAUGCUGCCAUUUGGAUUCACACCCCUGCCAAGGUACAGCUCUCUUUAUAUACAUACCUAUCUGCGGAAUUCAUUGGCACAGCAACCAUUUACAGCACAAUUCGCCGCGUCGGGACAGUCCUUCAGCUCAUGCACAUGUUGAAGUACUAUUACUGGAUCACCAAUCCAGCAGACAGCAGUGGAAUUGCUCCAAAGGGUCUUGAUGGUCCAAGACCAACACAGAAGGAAGUAACUUCUCUGCGGGCGUUCAUUCUGCUUUUCCUCAAGCAGCUCAUUUUAAAGGAUCGAGGUGUGAAGGAGGAUGAAUUACAAGGCAUCUUGAACUAUUUGCUCACAACACAUGAGGAUGACAAUCUGCAUGAUGUGUUGCAGUUGGUGGUGGCUCUCAUGUCUGAGCAUCCAGCUUCCAUGAUCCCUGCUUUUGACCAGAGAAAUGGAAUACGGGUAAUCUACAAGCUCCUGGCCUCCAAGAGUGAAAACAUCCGUGUUCAGUCCCUCAAAGUCCUUGCCUACUUCUUGAAGCACUUAGGACACAAAAGGAAAGUGGAGAUCAUGCAUACACACAGCCUUUUUACUCUUCUGGGUGAGAAGCUCAUGAUCCACACCAACACUUUGUCUGUCACUAUAUACAACACUCUUUAUGAGAUCCUGACAGAACAGGUGUGCACCCAAGUGGUUCACAAACCUCAUCUUGAACCUGAUUCCACUGUGAAAAUUCAGAAUCCAAUGAUUCUCAAGGUGGUUGCAACUUUAUUGAAGAACUGCGCUCCGAGCUCUGAGCUGAUGGAAGUUCGGCGGCUCUUCCUUUCAGACAUGAUCAAGCUUUUCAGCAGCAGCCGGGAGAACAGACGGUGUCUGCUGCAGUGUUCCGUGUGGCAGGACUGGAUGUUUUCUCUUUGUUACAUCAAUCCUAAAAACUCAGAGGAGCAGAAAAUCUCGGACAUGGUGUACAACAUCUUCCGUAUUCUUCUCUACCACGCUAUUAAGUAUGAAUGGGGUGGAUGGCGUGUAUGGGUGGACACACUCUCGAUAGCCCACUCUAAGGUGACGUACGAGGCACAUAAAGAGUACCUGGCUAAGAUGUACGAAGAGUAUCAGCGUCAAGAGGAGGAGAAUAUUAAGAAAGGGAAGAAAGGUUUGGUCAGCACCAUCUCUGGUCUGUCUGCUCAGACUUCAGGCAUCAAGAGUGUCAUGGAAAUGAAAGAAAUGAACGACACCUCCCAAACACCAGAAAGUGAGACGGAAUAUGAGAGUGCCGAGUCUCGCAACCUGCUGUCAGACAGGAGAGGGCCUGAGGAGAGUUUCAAAGGGCCAGAUGGAACUGUAGGUGGAGUCAGGGUUGAAGUUCAUGACCUUCUGGUGGAUAUCAAGGCUGAAAAGGUGGAGGCUACAGAGGUUAAGUUGGACGAUGCAGACUUUCCCUGUGAAACUUUGGGAAUAUCUGAAAAUGGAGCUCUAGUAGAGGUUGAUUCUCUGUUAGAUAAUGUUUAUUGCACUGCAGUGGAAAAGCUUAACAAUAAUGUCAGCUGUAUGUUGUUGCCAAAGAGCAAUAUGGACGACCAAGACGCUACACCUCUUAUCUCACUGGAUGAUGGGGAAGGGGUCCUGUACAGCAAUAACUUCCUGUUCCCUAAAGCUAAAGGCAGCAUGGAGGACAAGCUGAUACCUGAUCUCAGUUCAGAUGAAGCUCUAAUGCUUCAGCGUUCAGAGAUGCCUUCUCACUCAAGGCCAGAUAAUGAACUCUGUCUUUUAUCUAACGUGACAAAUAGCACUUUACCCGAUGUCCCAGUGAAGGGUGAAAAACAGUUGCUCCUUGAAGGUAUUAGCUUUCUGACUGCAACCGAACCCAAUAAUCUAACCGAAGUCCCAGAGGUUGUGGAUACACCUGAAGUGAACCGGUUGACUGAAAACACUAGCAGUAGAUCAGAUACAACAAUCAACACUUCUGACUCAGGAAAAUUGGAGAAUGGCAAAGACAAAGAAAAGAUUCGAACAACAGCCACCACACAGAACGUUCAUGGACGCCUGGUUUCUCAGACGGAAAGAGACAUCUGUGUGGACCUGGGCUUUCAGGGGACGGCCACAACAGAGGAGCGCCGACAUCAGUUCAGCCCUGGCCCACGCACUACAAUGUUUCGCAUCCCCGAGUUCAAAUGGUCCUCCACGCACCAGAGACUGCUCACCGACCUGCUGUUUGCACUGGAGAGCGACGUCCAUGUAUGGCGGAGCCAGUCCACCAAAUCAGUUAUAGACUUUGUUAACAGCAAUGAAAACAUCAUCUUUGUCCACAACACCAUCCACCUCAUCUCACAAAUGGUGGACAACAUCAUUAUUGCUUGUGGAGGGAUUUUGCCACUUCUCUCAGCAGCAACGUCCCCCUCAACUGAGUUGGAAAACAUGGAGGCAACGCAGGGCAUGUCCUCGGACACCGCCAUCACCUUUCUGUCCCGUCUCAUGGUUAUGGUUGAGGUCUUGGUCUUCUCAAGCUCCCUGAACUUUAGUGAGAUUGAAGCUGAGAAGAACAUGUCAUCUGGUGGCCUGAUGCGCCAGUGCCUCAGACUGGUGUGCUGUGUGGCUGUGAGGAACUGCCUGGAGUGCAGGCAGAGACACAGCAACCAGACUCAGGAACUCCUGCAAAAGCCAAAUAUUGGGACUUACAGCAAACCGUCGAUAGAGAGACUCCCUAACAACCUGUCUCCAAUCAAGAACCCUGACCGCCUUCUGCAGGAUGAGGACAUCAAUCGACUCCGAGCUGUGGUGUUUCGUGAUGUGGACGACAGUAAGCAAGCACAGUUCUUGGCUUUAGCUGUGGUGUACUUCAUCUCUGUCCUCAUGGUCUCCAAAUACCGUGACAUCCUUGAGCCUCAACGAGAGCCUGCCAAGAUAAGCAGCCAUUCGCACCCCAGCAUGGCUCAGGAAAUAACACACCCAACCAGAACAGAAACACCAGUACCUUUUCAAAGCAGUGAAAACCAUCUGGUUUCAUCAGGAGACGUUAGCUUGGAAAACUCUCUUCACCACACAGACUCAGGGAUUGGAGAUGAGCAGGUGGUCAAUGUCAUAAAUGGGUCGGACCUUGAUCACAGAAGGGUAGGGCCCGGCGCCAUGAGCAAGCUCAUAUCCACGCUGUCCUUGGAGGUGAGGAAGUCUCAGGAAAACCUUUCUGAACCUACCACUGUGGAGAUACUCAAACCACACUCGUCCAUCCUUGAAAUCGGUCCGCCCAACAAGAACGUCAACAUCAAGAAGAUCCUGAAGAGCCUGGUAGCAGCUCCAAUGGAGGGCACAGAGACCGGGCUGGAUUCUUUGCUUUAUUCAGAUGCUGCUGCUAAAGCCCAGCCCAUCCUGCCUGUCCAGUUUCACUCUUUUGACAGGAGUGUGGUGGUGCCAGUGAAAAAAACGUCCCCUGGAGGUUUAGCUGUUAACACACUGGGAACCUGCAGCAGCACCUCCCCUGGGUUCACAGCUUGCAGCACCCCCAACAUCUUUGCAGCUGCCUCUGCCACCCCGAAAAGCAUGAUAAACACAACUGGAGCCACUGAGUCGACCUCUGCUUCUUCUGCUUCCUCCUCCUCUUCAUCCAGUUUUGUCAGUCGAGCGACCAGUAAAAACCUUCCAGCCGUGCAGAUGGUGGCCCCCAUGCCUGAAGACACAAUGGAGAGCAUGAGUGCCUUUUGUGAAACAGACCUCAAUCGGUUGUGUAACAGACUGACACCUCCUGAAGUCAAACCCUUUAGCUCUCCGGCAGUCUCCAGAGAUGCGGGCCAGUGUCUUAGCAUCACUACAAAGCUAGAAAGGGCCUUGGAGAAAGUGGCGCCGCUUCUGAGGGAAAUCUUCGUGGACUUUGCACCCUUUCUGUCCCGCACUUUGCUGGGCAGCCAUGGACAAGAGUUGCUUAUAGAAGGUCUAGUGUGCAUGAAGUCAAGCACCUCUGUAGUGGAACUUGUCAUGCUACUUUGUUCUCAGGAGUGGCAAAACUCCAUUCAGAAGAAUUCUGGACUGGCUUUCAUUGAACUAAUUAAUGAAGGAAGGUUGCUCUGCCAUGCCAUGAAGGACCAUGUUGUUCGGGUGGCCAAUGAGGCGGAGUUCAUCCUGAACAGACAGCGAGCGGAGGAUGUCCACAAACAUGCAGAAUUUGAGUCCCAUUGUUCCCAGUAUGCUGCUGAUAGAAGGGAAGAAGAGAAGAUGUGUGACCACCUGAUCACUGCUGCCAAACGCAGAGACCAUGUCACAGCCAACCAGUUGAAGCAGAAGAUUGUCAACAUCCUCACCAACAAGCACGGUGCCUGGGGUAUGCCCAGCCAGAGUCGGCUACAAGAUUUCUGGCGUCUCGAUUACUGGGAAGAUGACCUGCGGCGGCGGAGAAGAUUUGUCAGAAACCCAUAUGGCUCCACCCACUUAGAUGUUGCAUGCAAAUCCUUGCAGGAGUAUGCUUUAAAGGAGGAUGAGGUGGUCAAGUCCAAGUUGGUUUUCCGGAACCCAGUCGUUCCCAUUCAGAACCCUGAGACUGAGCUCAUCCUGGACGGAGAGGAUGAUAACGUCAGCCUGCUGCAGGAGAAGGAAGUUGACAACUUGGGUGGCCCUUUGGUCCUGAGCAGCUCGGCCCAACUGAUUGCCCCGGCUCUGGCAGCGCGCGGAACCCUGUCCAUCACCGCCUCUGAAAUCUACUUCGAGGUGAACGAAGAUGACCCGGACUUCAGGAAGGUCGACCCCAAGGUCUUAGCUCAUACUGAGGGUUUACAUGGGAAGUGGAUGUUUAGUGAGAUCAGAGCGGUCUUUUCCAGGUGCUACCUUCUGCAGAACACUGCUUUGGAAGUCUUUAUGGCCAACAGAACCUCCGUGAUGUUUAACCUUCCCGACCAGGCCACCGUGAAGAAUGUUGUCCACAGUCUUCCUCGAGUAGGAGUGGGCACCAGCUAUGGACUUCCUCAAGCCAGGCGUAUUUCCCUCGCAACCCCUCGGCAGCUUUUCAAAUCCUCCAACAUGACCCAGCGCUGGCAGCGACGGGAAAUCUCAAACUUUGAGUAUCUCAUGUUCCUCAACACCAUCGCUGGGAGGACAUACAAUGACCUGAACCAGUACCCAGUCUUUCCUUGGGUCCUUACCAACUAUGACUCUGAGGAGCUGGACCUGACCUUACCAAGGAACUUCAGAGAUCUCUCAAAGCCUGUUGGCGCGUUGAAUCCAAAGCGAGCAGCAUUUUAUGGUGAACGUUAUGGAACAUGGGAGGAUGACCAGACCCCAUCUUGUCAUUACACCUCCCAUUACUCCAGUACUUCUACUACCCUGCACUGGCUUGUCAGAAUAGAGCCUUUCACCACGUUCUAUCUUUGUUCCAAUAAAAACAAGUUUGACCAUCCGGAUCGCACAUUUUCUUCCAUUGCUCGUUCCUGGAGGAGCUGCCAGAGGGACACCUCAGAUGUAAAGGAGCUGAUUCCUGAGUUCUACUACCUCCCAGAGAUGUUUGUCAACAGCAGCAACUACAAUCUGGGAAUGAGGGAGGAUGGGAGCAGGAUUUCGGAUGUGGAGCUGCCAGCGUGGGCCAAGAAACCUGAAGAUUUUGUUAGGAUAAACAGGAUGGCUCUGGAAAGCGAGUUUGUGUCGUGUCAGCUGCAUCAGUGGAUUGACCUAAUUUUUGGCUACAAGCAGCGAGGCCCGGAGGCGGUGCGUGCCCUCAACGUCUUCCACCACCUGACUUAUGAAGGCUCUGUCAACCUGGACGGUAUUGGUGACCUGUCGCUCAGACAGGCCACAGAGGCGCACAUUCAGAGCUUUGGACAGACGCCAUCUCAGUUGCUUAUUGAGCCACAUCCUCCACGCAGCUCUGCCAUGCACCUGAGUCCUCUCAUGUUCAAGGACCAGAUGCAGCAGGACGUCAUCAUGGUGUUAAAGUUUCCGUCCAAUUCCCCCGUAACCCACGUUGCUGCCAACACUUUGCCCCAUCUCACAAUACCUGCUGUGGUUACCGUCACCUGCAGUCGCCUGUUUGCUGUCAACAGAUGGCACAACACCGUUGGCCUCCGAGGCGCACCAGGCUACUCUCUGGACCAAGCCCAUCACCUUCCCAUUGAGAUGGAUUCUGUGAUUGCUAACAAUACUGGAAGCAACAAGCAUCAGAUCACAGACUUAGUGGACCAAAGCAUCCGAAUCACCACACAUUGUUUUGUGGUGACAGCUGACAACCGCUACAUCCUGGUGUGUAGCUUCUGGGACAAGAGCUUCCGCGUGUACUCCUCUGAGACAGGUAAGCUGACCCAGAUAGUUUUUGGCCACUGGGACGUGGUGACAUGUCUGGCCAGGUCGGAGUCUUACAUUGGUGGGGACUGCUACAUCGUCUCUGGGUCAAGAGAUGCCACCCUGCUGCUAUGGUACUGGAGUGGACGGCACCAUAUUAUUGGCGACAACCUUAAUAAUGGUGACUACCCAGCACCACGAGCGGUUCUGACUGGUCAUGACCAGGAAGUUGUGUGUGUGUCAGUUUGUGCGGAGUUGGGCUUGGUCAUCAGUGGAGCUAAAGAGGGGCCAUGUCUGGUGCACACCAUCACAGGGGACUUGCUGCGAGCUCUGGAGGGGCCAGCCUACUGUCUGUGCCCACGCCUCAUCUCAGUGUCCAGUGAGGGUCACUGUAUUAUCUACUAUGAGAGGGGGCACUUCUGCAACUUCAGUAUUAAUGGGAAACUGCUGGCACAGAUGGAGAUCAAGGAUUCCACCAGGGCCAUUAUCCUGAGCAGCGACGGCCACAACCUGGUGACUGGAGGAGAUAAUGGCGUGGUGGAGGUGUGGCAGGCCUGUGACUUCAAACAGCUUUACGUCUAUCCGGGCUGUGAUGCAGGCGUCCGAGCCAUGGACCUUUCACAUGAUCAAAGGACGUUGAUCACAGGCAUGGCCUCUGGCAGCAUUGUGGCAUUUAACAUCGAUUUUAACCGAUGGCACUACGAGCAUCAAACCGGGUACUGAUGAGCGAGGAACACGCCAAGCGCAGGGCUAAUGUCAGGGGUCAAAGGAACGUCUACCAAGCCUGGCUGUAGCAAAAGAUUCAAACAGCUUUAAGGAGAUCUACCGAGCAAGAUCGGAUAAUGGACGUCUUCACAUUCUGCUUUCUGGGACAGUUGUGCUUCAACGGAAACCUGGUCACAAUGUUGGCUUUCAGGGAAACCAGCCAAAGCGAGCUGUGAUGUUCAGAUGUGUUGCUCUGGAUGCUUGAAGCUGUGAUCAGAACAAAAGCACAGUGACUAUAAUUAUGCCUGAUUACAAAAAGGCAGAACUAAUUUAUUCCUCUACCUGGAACGUUUCUACAUUUGUACGUUAGAUACUUAGAAUAAUUUUUAUACCAAAAAUAAAACAUAUAUAUAAAAGUGUUUCUUACAUGAAAGGCUGAAAAGAAAUAGAAAAUAGGCUUUUAUUUUGAAAGCCAUGAAAUAAAUAUGAAGAUUGUCUUUAUUGUAUUAAAAUAUUUGUUGUUAUAUUGUCAUUGUUUGCUCCUUCACAGGUUCUGUUUGUUAAAAUGGCAAAAUAUUCAUUAAAAAUUUGCAUCAAGUCUGAGUGGGAAUUUCCGUCAGAGUUCAGUCUUUUGUGAAAAAUGUUUUUAAGAACAAUAAAUUAACUUUAUUUCUAUAUUUAUGUUAAUUUAAGGACUAUAACACAAAAAAAGUUCUAGAAAAAUAACUCCCCCCCCCCCCCCCCCCACAAAUGUACUUCGAGUCGCAUUGUUGUGUGUCAAUAAGUGUUGUCGUAAAGUUGUUUUUAUACAAUUUGAAGACUUUGUGAUUGUUCAACUUUUUUUUUUGAUUGACCAUUUAGAUUAUGAAUUUGUAAAGAAAAAAAGGGAAUUUGUCAUCUGAUAAGCAAUUUUUUCAUUUUGUGGCAAAAACAAGUUUUGGUAACCUGUUUAACUGAUACAUUUCUUGUUUGAUGAUUAAAGCUGUCUGCAAACAAAAAUAUUUUUAUUUUUUAAUAUCAACCAAUAUUUGUAAGCUUUUGUUUUCAAAUAAUUCUUUAGGCAAUUUAUUACCCUGGAUCAACUGGUUUUACUUGUUUUAUAAUAAGAUUUACAGUGAAUAUAGCAAUUCUAUUAAAUUUAUUCAUACUU